CGGCGGCGCGAAGCCGGUUCAGUCGCUCGCAGCUCGCGCUACCGUUUACGUCGCAAUCGACCGCAAGCAGCAGCAGCAGCCAACCCUCUCUCUCUCUCUCUCUCGUUCGUUCGUUUGUUUUCUUUCUUUUUUUUCUUUUUUGCGCGCACACGCGAGCGCGAGGAGUGCUCCGUUUUUCCACCCUCCCCCGUAGUACGCGCGCGUCUGCCCAAAACACAUACCCAUACUACUCAUUGUUCCGCGUAGCGUUUCCCCGGUCCCGAAAAAAAAAAAAAAAAAAAAAAAAAAAAUUCAAGUUAUUGACAAAGAAAACAGUGGGUGAUCGACAAACAACAAAGGGGUGCAGUGGGUACGAGUUGUACAGAGGAAGAUAGGUAAUAUACCACAGUGGGUGUCGUUGAUGAAUAAUAAUAAUAAUUGUCGUGGUCGUCGGUGUGAAUUAUCAAUUGGCUUUGAGGAUGCAGCGAGGCCCCACAACGGGCACCGUUAGCUCAACCAAGUGACCCAUCGCGCGCUAAACAAGGGCGUACGUACGCAGUCAUCGGAGGUACACAUCGGAGGUAGAGGGGAAAAGAAAAAAAAAUUGAUCGGAGCCCACCGAAUCACACACGCGCGACAAAGUUAGAUCAGCCAAGAUGAUGGGAAAGCGCACGCAGUGCUACCUGUGCGACCUGCCCCGCAUGCCCUGGGCCAUGAUAAUGGAGUUCUCGGAGCCGGUCUGCCGGGGCUGCGUCAACUACGAGGGCGCCGACCGCAUCGACAUGGUCCUCGAGACGGCGCGCCAACUGAAAAAGGCCCACGGGUUUCAGCCGGACGCGAGGCCCACGGGCCCGGCCAAGGCAUACCGGUCGACCGCCUCGCACGCCGAGCACAACGGCCAGGCCGGCCUCGACGUCCUCCAGCCCAUGCAAAGCGCGGCCGUCGCUGCCGCCGCUGUCCAACAGAGCCACGCGCGCCACCACGGCAUCUCGCCGGCCGGCUACACCCAGCUCCAGCACCACCGCAACUCCAUCGGAGAGUUUGCCGCGGCUGCUGUUCCCCAACAGCAGCAGCAACAGCAGCAGCAGAGCCAGCGCCAAGCUCAGCAGCAGCUGUCGGCUCGCCAGCAGCAGCAACAACAGCAGGCCGCGGCCGCGGCUCAGCAGCACCACGAGGAGGCCCAACACGAGUUGGCGGUGGCGGCGGCCAACGGGUUGAGGGCCGCAGGGGGGGUGCAGCAGAGGAUGAGCAGCGCCCAUUUGACGGCGGUGGCGGCGCACCACGUGAGCUUGAGCCAGCACGGCCGGGCCAUGGGCCAAUUGAAGCGGGGCAUUUCGGCCAUCGAGGAGGACGAGCACGUCGAGAAACGGCUGUCCCUCGAGGAGCAGCAGCACAGCGUCAGGCCACCACUGACCCGUGGGGACUCGUUGCCCGCGGUUAGCCUCGCGGUUAGCUACGUCGACCGCGCCAAGGACAAGCACCCCAUUCGCGCACCCAGCUUCGAGACGGCCACCACCUUCAAGGCCAAUGGUGA